AUGAUAGGUUGUGACAUCCCCCUAAGAAUAUUCCUACCAAAAGAUAUUGUCAGUAGUGGGACUUUCCCAACUUGGAAGGCUUUGGCUUGGACAAAAUUAGUCAUAGAAAUUACAUUACAUACUUCAAUUGGAAGUCAAACGUUUCAAGAAUCAUUCCCCAUAUCGAUUCUGCAAUUUGAUAGCUUACCCAUAUAUAAAGAGUUGGGUAAAGCUGUCGAUAGAAAAUGUACGUCACCUGAUUCCCAAGUACUUAUUGAACUGCAAUUAGCACGUUCCAGUGUGGGACCUGGAGAUGUUAUCAAUCUUCAAUUGAAAAUCACCAAAUUAAUGUACAGAAAAAACAUUAGUCUUAAAGAGAUCACAUAUCUGCUUUGGGAAAUCCUAGAGGGCCAUGAUUCAGGUUUACCACGACAUAAAGAACAGCAAAUUUAUUCUACAAGUAAUGAAUGGUCACUUCAUGAACUUCCAUUAUCUACAAAUCCUAUACAACAUGAAUUCUCAAAACCUUUAUCACUACUGAGAGACUUUUUGGAAUUCCACACUUCAGAUUUGGAUAUAAAAGAUCAAUAUUUUAACCCUUAUAAUGAUCCUCUGGUGAUAGUUACUCUGUUGAACAAUUUCCGUAACGUGGAAGUCAUUGAUCAAUUUGGAAUACCCAUAACUCAUACAGAGGGGUUCACUAGUUCAGGGAAACUUUAUUCCGUACGAUUUGAACUUCGAACUAAAGUCAAAUUUUAUGGUAGUAAAUCGGUGAAAUUCAAUUUACCCAUCACCAUUUGUCCCUUUGAUUAUCAAACUUCAAAAUAUUUAUUGUAUUGGAUUGAAAAGGAAUGCCAACUUGCAAAGGAGUUAUUGGGUCCGGUUAUGUUUAGCAAGAUCUUUAAUGCCAUUGAUUAUAAGCUUGCAGCAUCUAUGUUAAUGAAGACAGUCCCCCCCACAACCAUAUACCGUGAUUGCUUAAAUGAUUGGACUCAGAUGGGAUACCCUUCCAAUGGAUUCCGUCAACAAAAUAUUAGGGCUCGGAUUGGCUUUUAUGUGGAUUAA